AUGCGACGCCCAAAAACAGUCCACUGGGACCUCCCCAUCAGCAAAACCGACUACAAUCUCCUCAAGACCGGCUUCACGCCCCAAUCCAUGGACGAUCGCUGGGAGAUGACGCCGGCGUACCUCGAAGAGAGCUCCGCAUAUAGCUUGUGCUUCGCACGGUCGUGGACCGGUAUCCCGCACUAUGUGCUCAUCGUCAGAGACCAAGGGCCGAUCAUCGACUCGAUGGUCUAUGAAUCGCUGACGGAGGGUGGCAAUGAAAUCACUGAAAAUACUGCGAAGAAAGAAGUCAUUGCCCUUGCGAGAGACUGGCUGAAGUGUGAGAUUGGGGCGUUCCCG